AUGGUCCUAAGUUGGGAACAAAGGGUAAAAAUCUUAAGAGAUUGUGCACUUGCAUUGAGGUAUCUCCACAGCUACAUAGAUGGAUUCAUUGUUCAUAGAGAUAUUAAGCUUACAAAUAUCCUCUUAACAGAGGAUCUGGAUGCAAAGCUAUCAGAUUUUGGACUGGCAAAGAUGUUGGGAAUGGAAGAGAGCAAAGUGUUUACAGAUGUACGAGGGACGAUAGGUUAUAUGGAUCCAGAAUAUAUGAGUAACGCGAAAUUGACGUGUGCAAGUGACAUUUACAGCUUUGGUAUAGUAGCUUUACAGGUUCUUUCUGGCCAGAAAGUGAUUGAACUUGAUUUGGAUGCCAGAGACCAACUAACAAGAAAAGCAAAGGAUGUGAGCAUGGGUAAACGGGGACUAAAAGACUUCGAGGACCCGAGGCUAAAAGGUGAAGUGAACAGUGUGGAUUUUGAGUCCAUACUUCAAAUUGCAGUGCUUUGUGUUGCCAAAUCAAGCAAAGGUCGUCCAACUAUUGACGUUGUCGUUGAGGAGAUGGAAAAAGUAUUGAAAAACACAUUGUCCGAAAACAAAGCCGCGGAGCAAAGUGCAUCAGCUGCAUUACGGAGAUCCCAUUCAGUUGGUCAUGUCAUCCCUGUCUGA